AUGGUGACAUCAGGGCAAGAAAAUCUUGACCACCGGUUUGGGGCUCCGACGAAGGGUUCCGGCAAGGGCACGACGAGCAGCACGUCCGACGCGGGGCAGCGAGGGUUGACGGAGCUGGAGCGCGGAUCGUGGAUCGCGGGUCGUCGGGUCACAGGCUUCGAACGGUGGGGCGCUGCAGGGACGGCAGGAGGCCUCGGGCGGUUGCGGCGCGGCGUCGGGUGCUGGCAGAAGGAGGCGGAAGCGCGGGCGAGCGUCACAGCGGCGGCUAUCGUCGGGAGUUUGCUGUCAGACGGACUGAGGGCUUUGCAGCAGGCGCCAAAAAGCGGUGGGGGCGCGGUGGCCUGCGGCUUCGCGGCUUCUGGGAACGGUCCGGCGUUGGGUUGCAGAUCUGGCUCGGGUCCGCUGCAGAGGGCUGCGGCGAAGGCGCGGCGAGAUCGGGCGGCGGCAGAAGUUCAGCGAGGGGGUCGCGGGCAUCGUGGACGAUGGAGGUGCGGUGGAGCGACAGCUCGAGCAGCAGGGGCGGCGUCAGGUCGUCGGAGCAGAGGCGGUGUCGCGCAGGCUUGGCCGCAGGACGCGGCGGUGGUCGUCGGGCAGGAGUGUCGCCGGCAGAAGGUUGAAGAAGAAGAACAGUAA